AUGAAUGGAGCUGUGGAAGGUGCCAAUAAGAACAUCAAGAGGAUAUUGAGAAGGAUGAUUGACAACUACAAAUGUUGGCAUGAAAAUUUGCCUUAUGCCUUGCUAGGUUAUUGCACCACAAUUCGAACUUCAAUUGGAGUAACUCCGUAUUUGUUAGUAUACGGAACAGAGGCAGUCAUACCGGCUGAAGUUGAGAUACCGUCUUUGAGGAUUAUUCACGAAGCUAGAUUGAGCGAUGCCGAAUGGGUUCGUGAUCGAUAUGAGCAGUUAACAUUGAUUAAUGAGAAAAGAAUGAGUGUCGUUUUUCACGGCCAGUUGUAUCAACAGAGAAUGAUUCAUGCUUUCAAUAAGAAAGUAAGAGUUCAAACAUUUGAGGUAGGUCAAUUGGUGUUGAAGCGCAUUUUCCCUCAUCAAGAGGAAUAUAAAGGGAAAUUUGCACCUAAUUGGCAAGGACCGUAUGUUGUCCACAAAGUAUUGUCAAGAGGAGCUUUGGUCCUAGCAGAGAUGGACGGUAGAGUAUGGAGAAAAGCUAUCAAUUCAGAUGUCGUCAAGAGAUAUUACAUUUGA